UCUUCCUGUACAGAAACUCGACAGAGACACACAGAGACAGAGACACAGAGACAGAGACGCUGCAUGUGAGAUCAUAUAACGUUCACAUCAGGACAUUAAACCAUCAGGAAUCAUGAUUCUCGCAAGCUUCACGUUUCUGCUGCUCGCCGCAGCUGUGAAUCCAGCUCAGAGUCAAGACAUAAAUAUCAGUGGCAAUGAUGUCUUUAUGACCUGCCCUGAAGGCGAAGAUGGUUUAGUGACGUGGUCUAAGGACGGCAGUGAAAUAGAGAAAACUGGCAAUCAAAUCUUCGAAGUUAAAGAUCAACAGGGACCAAGAACUGUUGAAGGACUCUUCAGCUGUGAAUAUAAAAAGCCAGGUGUAGAGAAAAUCACAAAGCAUAUGUUCUACCUCAAUGUAAAAGUGUGUGACAACUGCUAUGAGUUGAGCGGGUUGAUGGCGUGGGGCACCAUAUUGGGUGAUGUACUGGUCACAGGAGGAGUUAUUCUCAUCGUUUAUAUCUUUGCUACCAAAAACAGUGGAGGCACACAGCAGAGAGCAUCAAAUUCCCGAUCGUUAAACCCUCCUCGACCUCCAAACCCCGACUAUGAGGCUCUGGAUCCAAAGAUGCGCAGCAAUGCUGUGUACGCAGGCCUCAAUAAAUAGAUGCCGUUUAGACGUGCGGAUUCCUGUAAAUCAAACUCUGGUGAUUCAAAGUGUUUCUUUAAAUGAUCCUUCCACAGGUUUAUAUGUAACUGAUGUUGAUGAGAGAUUCGUGUGACUCACGGAUCAGUGUUGUGUUUUAUACGGUAACUGUGUGUUUGUGUGGAAACUUCUGCUCAUCAAACAUCUGAAACUCACGAUGGAAACAUCAGCCUGUCAAACACUGCUGCCGUCUGUGCUUUCUAUUUAGAAGAUUGUGUGAUUUCACUCUUUUAUGUUCGUAAUCUUGUUAUUUUCAUAGUUCAUAAGAUGUGAUUUUUAGCUUGUUCUGAUGUGUGUCUAAAAAUUCAUUUUAGACUUUUAUCUCAUCCAGAAUAAUUUAAAUCAACAGCUGAAUGAACCAAGUUGAGGGUUUAAUGAUGAAACUGCUGCACUGAGAAAAUAAACAUGAAAAAUAAAGCUGAUUUUGAGUUGU